CCUAUCAAACCCGGAAAACCCGAAAACUAAAAACCCUAUCAACAGUUGUUUCGCAUAAUCUCUCUCAAAAAUUCUCCAACGGCUCUCUCCCCAACGGUUCUCUCCCCAAAUUCAGCUCAUCUGGAAUCAUCCCAACAAUCGUUACUCUUGUGCUUGCCGCUUACAAUUAUCGGUCGUCCUUCAGUAUCAGAAACCCUUGUCGCCUCCUACCGGUUCCGGCUACAACUAUAAUUCUCCCCGGAACAACGGUCACCCUUCUCAACCCCACGUCUCUAUCCGACAUACUCACAAGGAGGAAGAGAGGAAAGAAAAACAGAGAAUGGAGGAGCAUUUUGAAGAAGUAAUUAGACACGAGUGGUACAAAGAGGAUUUCAAGACCAUAGCAUCUCAUAUUAAGGAACAGGAGAAUCUCCUUAGGCUCAAACGAAGGUGGUUAAUGGACUUACCCUUGUCCAAGAAGGAACAACAACAAAUAGAAGAACUCCUACCUCCCAAUGACAGGAUUUUGCCUGAGUCACUGCUUAGGGAAGAUGACGUAUGCUAUGAGAACAUCAAAACUUUUGUUGAAAAGGGUUUUGGUGCUUGUGAGCGUGAAAUAGAUCAGGUGGCUCAAGAGGAUAUACAAAGUUUUGAUUUGUAUAAUGAUUAUAAAGAGUUUUUUCACCUGCUAGAUGAUAUGACCAACAGAGGCUUAUGUUCGUUUCUUGAGAUCCUGACAGGUGGAAUGAUUAAGUUUGAGAAAACCAACUGGAGAAUGAAGACGAUGAUAAAAGAUUAUCUUAAAACACGUUCUGGGGAAAAAAAUGAUAAUUCCGAAACAAAAUUGAAACUAUUAUGUCAGUUGCUGGAAGACCCAAAAAACUUUCGUAUCAAUCAGGUGGCUUUGUCUUCUCGAUCGAAAUCCUAUCACUCUGCUGCCAUCAAGGUACUGGAUGGACUUGAGGACAUGCCUUUCAGAACAUUGAGUGCAAUGCAUAGGAAGCUGAGAGGUGUUAGAUACAUUCCUAAUAUGCAGUCUCCUAAAUCUGGAUGGAGACGUGACAGUUUAAUCAGUGUUGUGAGAAAAAGGUGCAUGAAGAUGCUCUUGGAACUUGGUGAAGGGGAUGAGACCCCAGAACCGUUAGCCAAUGCAUUGGCGGUUGCAGGCUUGACAUUAAAGCUAAUACACAACACUCCUUCUGUAAUAGACUUUCGUAAAUUUUCACCAGAGACUGAAGCAUUGCAAAAUGAUAUUGCAAAGGCUAUCUGGUUACUAGAUGAUGUAAAGAAAGUGAGCUUGAUUGAGCUUAAGAAAUUACAGUUUUUGCUGGAUCCUAGUACUGAAUUAUCAGAUAGAAGUUUGCGCAUGGCAGUAAGGAAUCUAUUGACUGAUUAUCUUUUCGAGUGCAGUGAUAUGGACAAUGUCCCAGAUUGUUUACUCGAAAUACUUUCCAUUAUCAAUAGAAGAUCUCAACUUCCAUCUCGAAGAAAACGACUGUCUUCAAAAGUAAAUUCAUCUUCUCAAGAACUAAUGAAGGAGGAGAUUAAAAAUGAGGUAGAGUGUAUAUUAAUUGUUAGCGCUCAGGCAAAACAAAUUGUGUGGGACUUGCUUUCUGAACAUAGACUUGACCAAGAUUUUGCCCAAGCUUACAUGGAGGAUUCAGAAGAAAGUGAAAUGGCUGCUACUUCUGAUGAUGACAAUGAAGAAGAGUUGAGUCUUCCUGAACUUUAUAGGUUUCGUUCUCACGAUCCAGAUAACCAAAUGGAAAGUAUUGGUGAGACCAACCUAGCGGGGACAAACUCACCUGCCUCUACAAGUGAAACAGAUAACUGUUCCCCAUUGCUUUCACAUAAUGAAAGGUUAAAUUACACUCUAGGUUCUAUGCAUAUUAAUGAAGCAGAUUCAGUUGAGUCUUUUCAUCUUGUACAUUCUCCUUCAUGUAUAGAAUCAAAGAUGUGUGUUGACAUGCAAAACAUGGAUAGAAAUCAGCACCCAUCGGGAAGUACUGGGGAACUGAGAAUGGCUUGUACUGAUAUGCUGUUGACUGCUAAGGAAAAUGUAUCUACUCCUGUCUCUCCUGAUAAAAAUUCAAAUAGGAAUGACGUUGUAAGUCAAGAAAUUUCAAGUAACUCAGCAGAAAUCCCAAAAUAUGAAUUUUCUGGAAACUUCUCUGGUGAACAAUCAAACAUUGUCAAUAACCAUAGCAAAGCAGUUAAUCAAUACCUCGAGGUCCAAGAUGCUUGUGACAAAACUAGUAUCGUAGCCUAUGAUUUAAUUGGUUAUAUAUUGGAUGAAUUCUCCAAGAUUGAAGGCAUAGAUUUGUACCAAGGUGACAGAUCAUAUCUCAGAAAUUUUGCUUCAGUUCCUCAGUAUUCUGAAGUAUUAAGGAAUCAAAUGGCCUCUUCUAAGGAUGAUGUCCUUGGUUCAAUUUUUGUUCAGGCCCUUGACGAGUUAUUACCCUCAUUUCCUGAAAGAGAAUAUUCAGACUGACGCUACGAUUACAACAAGAUGUAGACUCCAAGUAGUACAAGAUGUUUAUGAACAACUGGAUACAAAUCACAAAAGCAAGCUUCGGGAGAGCUGCUUUGGAUAUCUGCUUAGACUUAGGAAUAUAAGGUUGGCUUCACAAGUCAUCCAACAGUUGUUAUUAAGGAAAAUGAAGACCAACAAAAAUGGAGAAGUGUGGUUCAAGAUAGGAGAUAAACGAGCGAGGUUUGGAUUGGAAGAAUUUGUUUUAGUCACUAGGUUAAAUGCAGCUGAUGAGAAUGAUGUAGAUAAGACUUUGGGGGCGGAGUCUUAGAUUGUGAGAGAAUAUUUUAAGAAUAGUGGGGGGGAAAUUAUAAAAGGAGAUGUCUACAAUGCAUUUGCAUGUUGUAAGAAGAGAAAGAAAGACAAGUAUAAGUUGGGAUUGAUCGUAAUAUUGACGUAUGUCCUGUGAGUCACAGAAGAAAAUACCUACAUCGAUUUAUGGUGGUUGGACUUGGUGGAUGAUUUGGACAAGUUCGAGAAGUAUCCGUGGGGGAAGAUUUCAUUUGAAUACAUGAUGAAUGUAUUCAAACGUGAGAUAUGGGUAAAUUGAAAAGUUCCAAUGUCGGAAGAGAGUCACGUUGUCGGUCUUCUUUGCACGACUUUUCUCUUGCUAUAAUGGUAUGAACAAAUAAUAUACUUGACUUGUAAUAUUUUGUAUAUAUAAAUUUUUGUCAUGAGAUAGUAAUGUAUGUUUUAUAAUAGAUUUGAAAAUUCAAA